CGAUGGCAGACUUCCACGUCCAGCCAGAGUCGGUGCACGCUGAGGAGUCCGGCGUGGCCCGAUUCCAGUGUCAGAUCCACGGCCUGCCGGAGCCCGUCAUUAGCUGGGAGAAGGACAGCCGUCCUGUAGACACUGCAGAUGAAAGGUACACUCUUCUACCAACAGGUGUUCUGCAGAUUACCGGAGUGCGAGAGGAGGACAGUGGGAAGUUCUGCUGUGUGGCUCAUAACAGUGCAGGAGUGAAACACAGCACCGAGGCGCUCCUCACAGUUUCAGGUUCUCAGUCGUCUGUUUACAAAGAACCUGUGAUUCUGGUCGGCCCUGAAAACCUGACCCUCACUGUUCACCAGACGGCCAUCUUGGAGUGUGUUGCUACAGGAUACCCUCAGCCCAUUGUGUCUUGGAGCAGACUAGACGGCCGGCCCAUCGGAGUGGAGGGAAUUCAGGUUCUCGGCACGGGGAACCUGAUGAUCUCGGAUGUUGGCGUGCAGCACUCGGGGGUCUAUGUGUGUGCUGCGAACAAACCAGGAACUCGUGUCCGCAGGACGGCUCAAGGACGUCUUGUAGUCCAAGCUCCAGCGGAGUUCGUUCAGCCUCCACAGUCCAUCGCCCGUCCGGUCGGCACCACCGCCAUCUUCACCUGCCAGGUGCAGGGCGAGCCUGACCCGCAGCUCACCUGGCUGAAGAACGGACAGGUCCUGGAGCCCAGAGGACACGUCAAACUCAGGAACAACAACAGCACUCUGACGAUACACAGCAUCAGCCAGGAGGACGAGGCCAUCUACCAGUGCAUCGCUGAGAACAGCGCCGGCUCCACACAGGCCAGCGCCCGCCUCACCGUGCUCUGGUCCGACGGGCUGCCCGGUGUCCCCACCCACGUGCAGGCUGAGGCCCUCUCACCCACCACCAUCCAAGUGUCCUGGAGGGAGCCCGAACAGAACACUCAGGACAUCAUCGGCUAUGUUCUCCAUAUCCGCAGGACUUCAGACCCAUUGGAAAUGGAGUACGAGGAGGCCGUCAGUAAGGUCACACUGCAGCAGGUCAUCCGUGACUUGGAGCCCUCCACCAGUUAUACCUUCUACGUCAAAGCUUACACUUCCCACGGAGCCAGCAAACCAUCGGACAGCAUCGCUGAAAGCACUCGUGGGGAGGUGCCGGCUCCUCCCUCCCUCUUCACCAAGGUGUUGAACAGCACCGUCGUUCAAGUAAUGUGGGAAGCCUCGUCUAAGAUGGGCCAACACCAAGGCUUCAAACUUUACUACAGACGAGCCCAGGCGCCGCUGUUCUCCGAUCCCUUCACCUUCGCUCAGAACGUCACCCAGUGGAACAUCACUCAGCUGGACUCUUCGCUGGUCUAUGAGAUAAAACUGCUUGCCUACAAUCAACACGGGGAUGGAAACGCCACCACUAGAUUUGUGUCACUUCGGGAGGCGUUGGAGAAGUCCGUGCUGGACGGCCCGUGUGACUGCGUAAAAGAUGAGCAGAGCAAAACAUCCACUACAGGCAUCAUAAUUGGAAUUCACAUAGGAGUGACCUGCAUCAUUUUCUGUGUGCUCUUCCUCGUCUUCAGCUACCGCGGCAGGUUAAUGAUGUGUAAGACGGUUCAGGCCACCCCCCAGGCAGCGCACAGCACGGCGCUGGAGUCUUCCUCCUCUUCUCAGGGGGCCUCCGGGCUCAACGGGGCUGCCAGGAGAGAGAUGGAGGUCAAUGGCAGCGCCGCGGGGAAGAAAGCGGUCGACAGCAAUGAGCUCGAGAGACUUUUCACUCAUCGCAAGACACAAGAUGCAUCUACGUCUGACUCCUACAUACUGAARGACACCCAGCUGUCUACGAUACCGCUGGACGAGUUUGCAGAAGAGAGGGAGACGCCGUUUCAGGAGCAUCCUUCAGCCAGAGCAGCUCAGCAGGACCAAGGCUAAUCAUGUAUGAAGGCCCAUUCACGGGACGCUUUCUAGUGUCCACUUAGACUUUUCUCUCACUCAGGUUGACAAGUGUUUCUUUUCAAAGUAGUCUUUCCUUUUGUGCAAAGAUUUUUUUAUAUAAAUGGGUAAGUUAAGAGGUUCUGGGGGAUCCAGGGAAGGUGUAUGGGAGUGUUUUUGGCUGGGCUAUUUCUAGCUAGAUGGACCACUUUUAUUGUUUUGUUUUUAUGUCUUUUUUUAGUUUUCUGGUGUUAGGCAGCACAGAGAUUAUCCUUGAAUGUUCCUGUUAUAGAACAACUUUUAUUUUGAAGUUUUUGUGUAUAUGUCGACCCAGUCUCACUGAAAAAUGGGAAAUAGACACAAAACUCAAUCUUGCAAUUUGCAAUAAUGAAUAUUUAGCAUUUUAUGAUGCUUGUACCACUUCUCAGUACUUUCCUGUUAACCUGAUUAAAUCAUAAAUAUUUUGUUUUGUGACUAUUCCACCUUUUAUUAGUGAGACUAAAUAUGUGCAUWUACAGUAUAUAAGUUAUUGGUUCUAAAUUAUUGGUCUCAUUUCUCCACGUUUAAUAAUGUUAAAGACUCGUGCUGCCUGCUCUCCCAAUGAAACCACCUUCUUACUCACAGAAAACCUCAACCUUCUUCCAGGGAUUCAAUAUAUUCUGUCUCAGGACUUUGUUUCAGUGAAAUCAACAUUUUUUUUAUGAGUUCUUGGCCUUUGUACCGGUAUUAGACUUGGCUGUGUGAACUUUGCGAUUGAACAAAAAAAAAGGAAAGAAAAAGAAAACCUACCUCAGCCGGAAUGAAUGUGUCGUGGGAAGUUUUAGGGUCUUUACCUUCCCCCCCGUGCUCACAAUGACUUUACAAAUAUGGAGGAACCAACUGGUUGGACAACUGCAAGAUCAGGUGCCGCUCUACCUCAGGUGUCAACAAUCGACUCUCCUCUCCUGCUUAACGACAGAAAACGGACAAAAGAGCAUCCAACAUAAAGCACUUCCAAAUGCUGAAAUUAUUGUUCUACCUCAAGAUAACAAAGUUAAUGUUGUCGCUGUUGUUGUUGUUGUUAGACUUCUUAUUGCAUAAUCAAAACCCUUCUUUUUUUUUCUCCUCCCCCCCUUUGUGAAGUCCUGGAUAUGAUGUUUGUACAGUGUCAGUACCUCAUGCAAGUUGACAGACUGAUCGUUUUGUUUACUGUAUUUUGCGAAUGUGUAGAUGCUAUGUUAUUUUAAGGAUCACUGUAUUUUUCUCACUGAAUAUCAGUUCAGUGGAUGAAAAGAAAGACUUAGAUGUACACUGCAUUUAUAAUCAUGUCUUCAGGCGUUAUUUUAACGAUCAUCAAGGUUGGGUAUGUAUUACUAAACUGGACAGGAAGCACUAAAAUUGAUUGGCYUGAUUUAUGUUUUUAACGACUAGUUGAAUGACUUUUAUAACUACUUUGACAUUUUGGCUUCUUCCUGGUUGUUAGAUGAAAGGACAAAUACUUUUUUAUGUUUAAUUUUCACAUUCUGGUAAAAUCAAACUUGUGUUUUUCAAACCAAUAAUAAGUCAAACAUGGUAUAAGCUAAAUAUUCUUAAACUCUGGCUAAAGUAGGAUUUGCAAUAAAUAAAUUGAAAUUAAGUCUUUACUGUAAAUACAAAAUAAAAUCUCCAAAUUGUUAGCUUAGCUUAGCAUAAUAAUCAAUGGAGCUUUCAAAUGGUAAAGCUAACUAUUAAUGCAAUUUAAGAAACUAAAGAAAAAUCAAUAUUUUGGCUUGUUUUUAACAGAGUGGUAUUUAUCUUUUCAUCUAACUCUUUGCCAGAAAGUGGCAUAAGUGUUUUAACAUCAAAUAUAAUGAUUUUUAGAAUAAAAAGGGAAAAAGAAGUUGAAUUCUUUAAUUAUUCAAACUCAAAGCAGUGUAUCUCUAACUCUUUUUUUCGAACAUGUUACUGCAGUACUGUUAGUGAUUUGUUUUUGAUUUUUUUGUUUUCAUGUCACCUGCCUUUAUCAAACGAAACAGUAGCCUUUUUUACACAUGUGGUGCCCAGUAGACGAGACAGUUGCAGAUCUUGCUUGUCUGCCGUAACUCUUCCCAAAACUACAAUAGCUGCUCAUUCUUCUCCCUCCUGUCAACAUUGAAUCACUUCCUUCUCCAGGAACAUGGUGUUUGUACUCAUUAGACGCUGACGAGCACAGACAGAGAGCUCGCCUGGGGGGAGAUUGACGAUUGUUUGGUAGCCGAGCCGUCUCGAUGCCUCUCUCCUCUCCGCGGCUUCCUGCUCUGUGCGAGGAGUUGCUUUGACACAUUUUGGUUACCUACCUCAACCAUGUUUUUUGGCCUUUCUCUCAGGUCCAGGUGAAGGAAACUAUGUGAAAACGAUGAAACGGUUUGAAAUGAAAAGGCAAAAAUGCAGCUGUUAGAAAAUGUUCAACAUGCAGAAAUAACAGUCGGUCGCACAAAUGGAGGGAGAACUUUUCAGGACCUUUAUGUCAUGCACUAACUAUGAGAACAGUUUAUACUUUAUUUCCAGUAGUUGUGAAUGUGUAUAAGAUUUUUUUUAAAUAAUUAUGUUUUUACUUUAUUUUCUCUCACUGAGGGUCUUAUUGUGUCGAGAAAACUGAAAAAAAAAGUGAGUGACACCUACAA